AAUGCGAUAAGCACGCAGGCGACAAUUGUUUGGUAAACGAUGUUCCAAAUGUAUUGAUCGAACAUGGCCUCUUUGCGAUUCGCGUUAUUGAACACUUCACUGGGUUGCAUAAGUAGAAGAUGGUAAGGGGGCUGCUGACAUCAGGCCUGUGUGUCACAACACAGCUGCUCCAAAAUCCAGAUAUCGUUGAGACGACUAAGUACAAAAUGAUCGAGCGGUAAAACGAGUCAUGUGCAUGUCGGCGCAUGGCGCAAUAGGAAGGCAACAGCCGCACCGAACAAAGGCUAUCGUGCAAAAGGGUCGAAGGAUUGUAGUAGAAGGCUGCCCCGCGCCUCUCUCUCUAUCCUUUGCCCAACACUGCGGAACAACCUAAUCGUCGCCAGACAUGUCAACACCUGUAUCAGGUAUUCUCGAGCGUAUUGCGGCGGCCGGCAAAGCUUACGAAGCCGAUCGAAUCGGCUCGCGAGAGAGUCUCAUCGAGCUUGGCCGAGACCUGGUUGCGGCGCUCGAGAUCCCAAGUGAAUUCCUGCAGAGAAGCUUCUGGGCCGAGCCGGCAUUGGCAGCGCACUGCAAGUUCGCUGUUGAAGUCAAACUCUUCCAGCAUCUAAGAGAUGCAGACGAUGUAGGAGUCAGUCCUGGCGAUCUUGCUCAAAAGACGAGCGUUGACCUUAUUUUAUUGCAACGAAUCAUGCGUCACCUCAUCGCGAUGAAGAUCGUUUCCUUCUCGAAUGGCAGGUUCUUUGGAACCCGUCUGAGCCACGAACUUGCAUCGGACAACUAUCAGAAGAGCAUUGACUUCUGCUACGACGUGUCACGACCGUCCUUCAAUGGUUUCCCGGGGUACUUCAAGAAGACUGGUUACAGGCUACCUGCGACGCCUACAGAAGGACCAUUGCAGGAUGCACACGGAACCGACUUGCCCUUUUUUCCAUGGUUGGUUGCAACGCCUCCUCAUCUCGAUGAGUUCGACAACUUCAUGUCGGUGUAUCGUGCGGGUAAGGCGAAUUGGUUUGACCCCGGCUUCUAUCCGGUUCCGGAACGUCUGAUCAACGGCUUUGAUCCCAGCUGCAGCGAGGCCCUUCUGGUGGACGUCGGCGGCGGUCGUGGUCACGAUGUCCAGCAAUUCGUGGCGCAGCACCAACUUCAUCCGGGCAAAAUUGUUCUUCAGGACCAAGAGCCAGUCAUCGGGGCCAUCAAGGAUAAAGAAAGGCUUCCCUUUGAGAGCCAGGUUCAUGACUUCUACACGCCUCAACCCAUCCAAUCAGCGAGGGCAUACUCACUGCACUCAAUCCUCCACGACUGGAAUGACGAGAACGGCGUCAGGAUUCUCGAAAAUCUGAAGCCGGCACUGAAACCUGGCUACUCGCGGGUGCUGCUGAACGAAAUUGUGCUUUCGGAAGAGAAGCCCACCAUCGCCGCCACCUCCAUGGAUAUGAUGAUGUUAGCACAUCUUUCUGUGCGCGAGAGGACGGAAGCAGAGUGGAGAGCGAUAAUCGACAAGGCUGGUCUGAAGUUCCUAGCCAUCUACAAUUACCCUGGGGUCGCUGAGAGUGUCAUCGAAGCGGAACUUGGGGAAUGAGGCGCACAGCUGCGAGAACGAAGAGAACCCGGUACCAGGUUUCCUGUAACUAGGAAAGUGCGAUGACAUAUUUUGUAUAUUGUGUGGAGAUGGCAAGCGCGCGGUGGUUCAAGUCAGUCCAUUGUUGGAAGGACCUCGGAGCAGGUAGCGCCAACCGAAUAUCUGGACACGGACUAGGUGAUUAGUUCGUCGCUUUCGUGUCAGACACGUGUGCGCGCCCUGAUAACAAACAGAUACAUUGAUGUAUUACAUAUGGAUGAUUUCAAGUUCUGAAUUUAUCUUCAUCUCGGUCCCUCUGUGGACGCAGACUCCC